GGCCAAAUUCCUCAUAUUCCUCAACAUGUUGAAUUGCCAGUUGAAGGUAAAUGUCUGAAGUAAAAUACAUUUUUGAACUUUCACUGCGAACAUUCUCUAUAAAAUCAAAAAGAUUGGGCGACUGUUUCUGCUAUGACGAAUGAGUUGCAAACUGUGUUUUUGUUUCAGCUAAAGUUAUAUUUUAAAUAAUACAUUGCAACUGAAACUGUGGCCGCCUUACUAGAUUCACGACAUGCUACAUUCCUGUAUUAAAACGCUCAAUCAGAACAUGUGACACUGUUUGCAGUUUUUAUUAGGCGCUUGGGUGUUCAAAGGUGUUUCUAAACACGGCGUUUUGACGUCGGGUUUAGUCUCCCGGCUAGUCCUGUAUCAAUACAAAAAAAUGCAAAUAUAUGACACUCGUCACUUUGGAAUGUCUGUUUAUCAAUUCUACAGCUAAAAUAUAUAGAACCAGGGACGAAGUUGUUGACCCUAGAAUACAAUUUCCUGCAUCAAUGCGUAAAAUGGCAAAUAUAUGACACUCGUCAUUUUGAAAUGCCUAUCUAUCAUUUCUGCGAAUACAAUAUAUAGAACCUGAGACAAGGUUGUCGUCCCUAAAUGGCAAUCGUCCUGCAGCAAUAUGAAAAAUUGCAAAUAUACGACACUCGUCUCUUUAAAGUGCCUCGUUUAUCAAUUCUACAGCUAAAAUAUAUAUGACCCCAAAGUACAAUUACCUUGUAUCAACACGAAAAUUCGCAAGUAUAUUGGGCAGUUGUCUCCUUUAAAUGCCUCGUUUGCCAAUUAUAUGGCUAAAAUAUAUAGAACAUGAGACGUUGUUGACCCUCAAACCUGUCCCCCUAGAUCCAACUUUAUUACAACCGAAUGUUAAUCGAGAAUUUAAAAUAUUAUACCAUUUAUAAAUUCUUUUAAUGUGUUCUAUAAUGGACUGUCGAAGAGUGUCAUCAAAGUUUCUGGACCAACAGAGAAAUUCUUAGAUUAAGGCGUAUUAAACAAAAGUCAAUUAAGGUAAUACUGGUAACAAAAACAAUAUGUCUGCCUGGAAGUGUCAGGAAUUCUAUGAUUUUACUCAAAAACUAUAGGAUAACUAAGAUUUAAAAAAAAAACAAAAAGCGGAGUGUCUCUUAACUCCUACGAUGAAGAGCUUCUAAAAGCAAAUACGAACGAUGGCAACAAAAGAUGUCUAUUGUUUCACUGUUUAUUUAAAUACUUUUGGAUUGUGUCAUUUGUGUUAAGUUGUUUGAGUGUUGUGACAUUUUGUAUAUUUCUGUUAAAUAGUUUUAAAAAUAUUUCCAGUACAGAUCUUACGACCUUAAAUAUCAAGUAAAUUUAACCGUUCACGUUAUACUUGGUUUGGAAAAGUAAAUUCAUUGUUAUACAGAACAGAAAGCCAUAUAUUGCAUUUGCUUUAAAUAAAGGCUGUGUGAUAAUAAGUGUAGCGUUGCAGAAAAGAACAUAACACCGAAAAAUUUCGGUCUGGAAAAUACUCGAUUGAUUGUGCUGUAAGUAAAAUAUUAUUUUGGCUUAUUAUUACUUCCUUCGUAAGUUGAUCGAAUCAUUUUUAAAACUUUUCUAUUAUUCUGGGUGCGAUGCAGUUUUGUUCAUUCUAAGUUUAUUGUUUGGUGAUUAUGCUGAAUUUUGGAGGGUAUACUUUUAGAUUCAUAAUCUCGAUUCUUUUUUCACAAAAUAACAGUUGAAUACAUUUUAUUAGCUCGUAGUGACAUGUCACAGAAUACUAUUUCACAUUAUCUAUCGACUUUUCUUCAACACCUUAUUUUCAAAUUCUCACUUUUCAUCACUUAUAUCUUUUCAGGUCACCCAGUUUUAUCUGGGGCUGGGAAUUUACAUGUAUAGACCAGAAUUGAUCUAACUACCCGCGAGACGUGAUAAAAAACAGAAUUGAUCUUUAUAUCAAGUUAUAUUAUUUUUUCAACUUUUUGAUCUUAAAAAUGAUAAUGAAGUAAAAAGAAAUGUUUUAAUAUACAGCGAACGAUUUCGAAUGAUUUUUAAUGUUAGACUCGGUCCACGAAUGCUCGAAAUUCGUUGCAGAGUUAGUUCAACCCGGAAUCUGGUAAACCCUGCACUCAAUUUUGAAUUUCAAAAUAAGAAAGUAUUAAAAAAUGUAUUUCUACUAAAGUUUUGGAUUUCUGAUUUUCAAUUAAAUUUGAAAUCAAUGGUCGUAAGGGUACACACGUUACAUAUAGUAUGAAUUACAAGAUUUUCAAUGAUAUGAAAAUCAAGAGUACAAAUAUAGCGAAUAACAGACUAUCGUGAUUUUACUUAGAAUUAUCAACAAAUAACGGAGUGUCUUAAAGCUCCUACGAUGGAGAACUUUUAAAAGAAAACGCGAGCUAUGGCAACAAAAGGGGUGUAUUAUUCUGCUGUUUACUCAGAUAUUUUAUUAUUGGACAAAAGCUGGCGUGUCGUUUGUUGUUUGAGUAUUGUGAAAGAUAUUUUUGAAAACACAAGUUAGAAGAGAGAGUUUUGUAUAUUUUUGGUAAAUAAUUUUAAAAAAUAAUUCCAAGACAGAGUUUAUGUAAGGGAAAUGUGUUACGAUUUAAAAUAUCAAUAAACUUUAACCGUUUACUAUAUACUUGGUUUGGAAAUGUAAUUUCAUUGGUUUACAGAAUGCUACAUAUUGCAUUUGCUUAAAUAAAAGCUGUUUGUUGCAAAAGUGUAUCUGUUAUUGUGGGUGUGAUGCAAUUUCUUGUAUUCUAGGUUUCUAAAGUUUGGUGAUUAUGCUGAAUUUAGGAGGGGUAUACUUUUGGAUUCAUAAUCUCGAUUCUUAAUUUCUCUUUUCACAAAAUAUUAGUUUAAUUCAAUUUAUUGGCUUGUAGUGAUAUGACACAGAGUACACGUUAUUUGCAAUUUCUCACUUUUCAUCACUCUAUCACAUAUAAUAACUGCUACUUGCCAUAUUUUUGUCUCAUUUUCAGAAAUUUAAUCGCUAUACUAGUAGUUGUCCUCCAUACCAAUUUGAAAAUACCAAGUAAUGUCAUGCAUCGUAAUGUAAGCAUCAAUCGAAACAAUAUAGGAAAUUGCACAAACGCUGAAUUCAAAAGCUAUGCAUCCCUGUGCAUAAAUAAUCAUGUCAUUGACAUGAUUAUUUAUGCAUGGGAAUGCAGAUAAUAUUUUACAAUUUUAUGCUGAUUCACACGAAAUUCAUUUUUUAUUCAUUUUGUAAAUUACUUGUAUAUUUUUAAACCUUACUUAACUGUGUGAAAUCACUGUAAAAGUCUCGUCUUAUCACAAUGCGUGGUGAAGUUUGAUCUUAACAAAACUUUAAUUCCUAGCGUAUGCAUUGAGACGUGUAUGACGUAAAUAUCUUUAAGUGGAAAUCUGCCCACUAAUAAUAAUAAACAAUCUCACUCGUGUGGAAUAAAAAAGAUACUUGAAAUACUUUUAUUUUUAGAAUUUUUUGCAAGUUUCUGCAAUAAAAUGGCUUUAUCAAAAGUUGAGCUUGCUGCAAUGUUGGAAUGCAAGAUUUGUUUGGACACUUAUCAUCAGCCUAAACAUCUAAACUGCGGACACACUUAUUGCCAAGAUUGUCUAGAUCGUAUUUUAGUGUUUAUGGAAGAUGGGAGUGCUGAACUACCUUGUCCAGUGAGGUGUACUAAAAAGACAAUAAUCACUAACGAACAAACAACAUCCUCAUUAAUGACUGUGUUUACAUUAACUGGCAUUUUGGACAAAGUGUCACCUAGAGAAAAUGUAAAAUCUUUAUGUCAGCAAAGUAAAGAGUGUAACCAGAUAAUCAGCUAUUCCUGUACAACAUGCAGUUUAAAGAUCUGUGAAAAAUGUCAAAAUCUUCAUUCUUGUUCCAACAAGUCAUAUAUUAAUGUCAUUUUCAAUCAAAAAUUGAAAGAACUUCAACCAUUGUGUAAGCAACACGACUCGCUUGCAAGAUUUGUCUGUAUUGAUUGUGAAAAUUUGUUAACAUGUGCAUAUUGCACACACAGACAACAUAAGAAUCACAGAAUGAAAACGAUUGAUGAUUUUGGUCUUGAAGCCAAAAAGUGGUUUCAAUCGUUUAUCAGCUCAUUCGAUGAAACAAAAGUGGUGUUGGAAAAGUUAACAAGAAAGUACAGUGACGCUCUAACAAAUUUAGAGAAAGAAAGAGAAGUAUUUGUUCAAAAUUUAAAAGAAAGAAAGUUAAAACGACUAGAAGAAUAUCUCAAAAUGUUAAAUAAAGAAGAAGAAGAUCUACUGCGGAUAUUCGAUGAGAAAUCUGAAGAAUUUAAAGCAAAAUUGAUUUGUGAUGGUUUUGUUGACGAUAAGAAAGUACAAGAAUUUGCAGAUUACGUUAAAGCUUUCAAUUUAAAAUCUCAUUUUGAGUUAGUUACAGAAAAGUUGGAAAUUGAACGACAACUUCGCAAGCUAUCCUCGUUUCCAAGAACUAUCCCAACAUUCAAUUCACACCUUCAUCAAAUAAACAAAGCAGAUAUUUCGUCAAAUCCGUUGGGCGAAAUAAAAAUUUCAAUUGAUGACGUCACCACUGUUGGUGUAGAUCCAAAUGAAUGUUCUGUUUAUAGAAACUUGAUUAAUGAAGAUGAAACCCAACCAAACUAUUCCCAAUUAACAACUGAUCUAAUGAAUUUAGUAGAAAGUCUGAAAAAGUACGAGAAACCAAUUGUAAAUCCUUCUUCUGGAAAACAACAACAGAAUGAUGCAAAGCCAAAAAGGAUCCAGCUUGCUAAGAAGAGUUACUCUUUCGAAGAAAUCGAAAAUAUCAUUAUUAAUGGCGAUGUCAAGACAUUUCAAUCAAUUCUUAUUGAUCAUCCAAGUAUCGUUAAAAUGAGAGGUGUUUAUGAAACAACACUGUUGAUGGAAGCAGCACGUUACAAUAAACCAUCAAUAGUGAAAUGUUUGAUUAAUGCUGGUAGUGAUGUGUAUGCUGUGGAUAAAGUUAAAUGGAAUGCAUAUCACUACAGUGCAUAUUAUGGUCAUCAUGAUGUUUUGAAAGUUUUAAUUAAUCAUGACGUCACAAACAUUAACAACGUAAACAUUAACAAUAACACACCAUUGCAUUUUGCAUCUGCUUAUGGUCAUAUUGAAUGUGUGAAGUUGUUGUUGUCGAUACCACACAUCGAUGUCAAUAUACGAGACAAUUGGAACGAAACUGCUUAUGAUGUCGCUUGUAAUAACACUAUCAAACGGUUAUUACAAGAACAUCAAAGAAAUUAAGAACAUUUUCAGACAAUUAGCUAUACUUUUUAAUUUACCUAAGCAAAUUAUUAGAAGCAUAUAUCGUCUUUUUUAUUAGAACUAUAGGUUAUAGUAGAAUAGGUUUCUAUUUAAUUCAUAAAUUUACGUUCAUAAAUUUCAAAACAUGACUUCUUAAAAAGAAGAAGGUAUAAUUCAUCAAAUACUAAAACUUUAGCUGGGAUGUGUCAUCUUCACCAACAGAGGUGAGUACUGUUUUUGGGUCAGUUUUUGAGUUUUUUGUCAGUUUUAAAAUUUUUGUCAAACUACUGAGGUGCAAUUUUAAAUGCCUCGUUUCUAAAUUUUACGGCUAAGUAUAAGAAUCUGAGACGAAGUUGUUGACCCUAAAGUACAAUUAUCCUGCAUUAAUACAAAAAAUCGCAAAUAUAUGAGACACUCGUCUCUUUCAAAUGCCUCGUUUAUCAAAUUUACGGCUAGAAUAUAUAGAACCUGAAACGAGGUUGUCGUCCCUUAAUAGCAAUUAUCUUGUAUCAAUACGAAAAAUCGCAAGUGUGUCAUAUAGUUGCGAUUUCUUGUAUUGUUACAGGAUAAUUGUACUUUAAGGUCAACAACCUCGUUUCAGGUUCUUAUAUUUUAGCCGUAAAAUUAAUAAGCAAGGCAUUUAAAAGAGACGAGUAUCAUAUACUUGUGAUUUCCUGUAUUGAUACAGGAUAAUUGUGCUUUAGGAUCAACAACUUCGUCUCAGGUUCCAUAACAACCCAGCCGGCACAAGACGUCUAUAAGACGUUUAAAUGAAGUCUAUUAUACGUCUUUGAAAGACAUAUUGCUGUUAGCCGUCUUUCAAACCUCUUUUAGACGUCUAGUUAUAUCGCGUUUAGUUACGACGUCUUAAAGACGUCUUUUCUUGGCUUUAUAAAAGACGGAAUUAAAACGGUAUUUCAAAAGACGUUUAUUAGACGUCUAAAAGAGGUAUAGCAAAAGAUGUCUUUUGAAAGACGUCUUUUGGAUCAAUUUCGAACGAGAUAUUUUGUUCGGAAUGCUGUGCUUAAAAAUUGGACGGGGGUGUAACCUAGAGAUAUCUGUGUUUUUUAUUCGAUUUUGAAAUAAAAUAAAACAAAAAUCACUGCACUGAAUAUAAACCUUAUAUUCUUUUGUUUAAAUUUAUUUUUGUAAAAUAUAAGUUCAAAACUUUUCUAAGAA